UUGUUUGUAGUAAACGGAGAAAGAGUUAAACCAUAUUUUGAUGGAGAAUUCGGGAAGCACCAUAUCGAGACCAUCAGUCUUGACUCGAAGCCCUUGUCAGCACCCCGCUUGCUUGAUUGGGACCUCCUUGCGGAUGUUCACAUAAAAGAGGAUGUCAAAUGCCACUUAUCAUUGCUUGACCUUGAAUACUUUGAGGAUGUUUGCGCACGAGCCUACCAGACGUUGUCUUUGGUGUUUUUCUCCACAAUCGCCAUGCACGAAGAAGGGAAGUACCUCACUUCUCGACUCAAGGGCAAAGAAUACAAAAUCACGGACAAGGUACUAUGUGACAUUUACAAGUUGAAGACUAAAGAUCCACGAGCCAAUCCGAUGGGAUUUAAGGUGGACUCGCAUUGGCCACUUUUAUCCCCGUGUGAAACAUAUAAGAAGACCGGGGCAUCUUCUGAUUUGAUCUCGGACGUGGCGCUCGGCGUGGUCCACAAGUACCUUUAUCAAAUGAUUUUCGGGAAACGAGAAUCGAACAAGGUGAGCGAGCAGUAG